CCAGAAACACUCACAUAAACCUGUCUUUUGCUUUUAUUUUGAUUCUUCUACCAUAUCCUAAACAACUUGCCCCACUCUUACGCGCGCACACAGAAAUCUCCAUCCUGGCAAUGAAGUUGACCAACUCUAUGUCAAAUUGUUUGAUUUCCAAAGCUUCACUUAUAAUCCAAGGUCGUCUAAAUAGUAAAUACUACUAGGGAUGGUAUCUCUCCUUCAAAGCAAUGAGAGACUUCUUAGGAAGGAAAUCCCAACUACCACUAAGGAAGGAACCCGAGAAAAGGGAGGACCAAUUACACCAACAGGAGACUAUAUAUUCCUUUCCUUUGAGUAAGUUCCAAGCCUUGUUGCCUGUUUUCUCUACUUUCAAGCCACCUCCCAAAGAGCAGUCCCCCCCUAUGGAGAAACACCAAUAUGGCUUUGCAUUAAGUUUCUCCAUUGUUGUUUCCCUUGGUCUUGCUUCCUUCCUAUCGUGUAUAGCUGCUGAGUUAAAGAGAACAAAGAUCAAGGAUAUCAAGUUGGAUGGAAAACUGUGUUAUUUGCCAGGAAGUCAUGCAUUUGGGUUCGGAAUUGCAGCCUUGGUCUGUUUGCUCAUUGCUCAGAUAAUCGGCAAUCUGAUCAUUUGCAUGAAUUCUUGUUCAAGGGAGGAGAGAAACGACUGCAAGACAAGAAGACCGAGGAUUACCUCAAUCCUCCUGUCAAUUUCAUGGUUGAGCUUUGGAAUUGCAGUUAUAUUAAUGAGUGGAGCAAUAAGCAUGAGCAGAAGCCAGCCCUAUGGGAAAGGAUGGUUGGACGGCGAAUGCUACCUAGUCAAAGACGGCACAUAUAUUGGUUCAGCAAUACUAGUGCUAAUCACAAUAGGUUCAACACUUGGCUCAGCCAUCACAACAAAAAGGAAAAGCCAGACCGAUAAAGGCCAAAAAAUACAUGCACAAGUAGGAUGAAAAGACAGAUAGUGGGAAAUAUGUGAGAAGAUUUUAGAAAACAGAGGUGGAUUUCUUCAGGGCAAACUAGGCAAGAGUUUGGGAGACACAGCAAUGCCAAAUGUAGCAGCAACACCAGCUAAAGAAGAAUGUCGGGCCUCUACCCCUUCGAAGCAACAUUUUCUUUUUCAUUUGUUCUCAGGGAAGAAAGGUGAAUAAAAGCAAUAACACAACCAACUGUAACCUGCCCCCGCACCCAAUGUCAAAAAAAAUAAUUUCCAUCGAAAUGAAAGGAAGACUUCUUUCAAACGUAUAUCGUCAGCGAUGGAACCCAGUAGAAGGGGAAAAAAUAGAUAUCUAUUCUAUUAUGAUACUUUAUAUUUUCCAAUCACACGAUUACAUAUGUGAUAGUGAAACACUUUCUGUAUCUAUCAAUUUGUAAGUAAAGAAGUUCAAAUUAAAGUCCAAAAACUGAGUGACACAAAGUUCUUUUCUUGCAAAAUGUUCCCUAAAGUAAC